AUGAGUGCAAUAAAUUCCAGUGUCACUACUAGCGUUGAUCCUGUAUUACUGAAGGUACCAUUUCAAUUAAAUAUUUGGCUUGGUUUAUUUAUUUUUAUUACGGGUAAUAUCAGUACAAUUGGAAAUUUUACAGUAUUUACUUCUCGAAUGUUUCGUAAUCGAGCUUGUUCAAUUUAUUUAAUAGCAGAAUCUAUAUGUACAUUUAUCUAUUUUGAUUUUGUGUUAGUUACACGUCUAAUUCAAAAAGGUUUUAAUUAUCCGAUUAUAAAUCUUUAUGAUCCUAUUUGUAAAGUACGUCAAUUUUUUUCGGAAUAUACACAUCAAGUAGCAUUUACAUUAUUUGCAUUGGCUACUAUUGAUCGAAUUUUAUCUACUCAUCGAGAUGUUGCCUAUCGACGAUGGAGUAAUUGUAAGACUCUUGCUUAUAAAAUAAUUCCAACAGUUGUAUUUACUUGGUUCAUAUGUGUAUGGCAUCGAUUAUAUUUUUAUAAUAUAACUAGCGGAAGUUGUAAUCCAACACCAGGUAUUUAUGAAAAGAUCGAUAGUUAUUUCGAAGUAGUUAUGUCAGGAUUUGUACCACCUAUACUUUUGAUAACACUUGGUUGUUUACUUUUACGGAAUGUUCGCGGUGUUGUACAUAGACGAAUUGUACCCGCUGGUGUAGUCUCACAACCAAUCAAUACAAAUCUUUCACAUAUUCAACAAAUUGAUAGUCAACUCACGGCUAUGAUCUUGUUACAAUCAUUUGUCGCUAUACCUUCUUUUAUACCUUUUGGAGCACAAAAUCUUUAUACGAGUCUAUCUCGUGGAUGGUAUAAAACACCAUUACGAUUAGCUUGGGAAGAUGUUAUUAUUGAAACUAUACGUCUUUUUUCAUAUUUAUUCUAUAGUACAAGUUUUUAUGUAUCAUUAUAUUCAAGUCGUGGUUUUCGCAAACAAGUUUUACAUUCAUUGAGAAUUAAAAAAUAUAAACCACAGCCUCAUAUAACAACAACAUAUCAGUAG